GCUAAGGGAUAAUCUUUUAUUUUUCCAUUGUACGACUUGUCUUCCCUUAGACACGUAAUUUCCUACUAAAAAUAACUAAUUCUCAUUUAUUAUAAGGGAUGAUAAUAGGGGAUAAUGCAUUGUACCCCUAAUAUCUAUUGUCUUCUCUACAUGCCGUGGACUACUAAGAGAAGGCAUGUCUUCCCUACCAUUGUACAUGCCCUAACAGGCAACCUAGAUCUCACCUAGCCAGUUUACAUGAGUAUCUCGUUGAAUCUAUGCUUGGCGAUCCUAGCAUCGCUUUUACUUGAUCAUGGUCGCAUGGGGCCCGAGCCCUUGAGGUGGACCACCAUGGACCAAGCGUCGACUAGUUGGGCCCACCUGUUACCUAUGACUUUGUCAAUUAUGUUCAGCCUUUUCUACAUCAUUUGUUCCAUUUUUUGUGUCGUUCUAAUAUUUUUGAGACUCAGACAUCACAUAUCAUACCUUGCGCCAUCGACAUGCAUCAGAAAACAAAGGCCCAAAGUUUCUAAAUGUGGCAAACUAGAGGAAUUUUCACUAGAGAAGUAAGUAUUGUCACAAAUGUAUAACUAGAGGGUAAAAAAGUUAAAUUCAUUUGAAGAUUUAUUGAUGAAUUUGCAUUUUGGCCAUGUUGUGGUUACUUGGUUUCCUCUAUAAUGUGUGUCCACAAAAAAAGCAAAACAUAGAAAACAAAGUACAGAUCCAAUUUAUCUUAAAUUCUUAAUCGAACAUACCUUGAUCCGGUUUGCAAAAUCCAAACGUUCUGGAUCAAAUGGAUUGUCCCAGAAGAGUACACUUUCACAAUAUCAUAUUUGUUAUAUGAAAGGAAUGGGAAAGCAUGGUGUAAAAUGAAGAGUGACUUAUAUUAUCUGAUUCUGAUCGCUGUGCGCAGUAUUUUCAGGGCGAGGCUGCGUACUUCAUCUAUCUGAUUCUGAUCGCUGUGCAGUUGUUGAGAUUGUAGCCGUUCCUGCGCCUAACAAAGUAAAUUUAGUUUUCACACGAUAUUAGCCGUACGUGCGUAUCGCGCGAGGCUAUUCUUGGCGGGUCGCGAGGUAUGGACAAGAUAAUACAGUAGUACGAGUAGUACUAUAGAUAUUCUCUGACGCAGAUCGAGAUAAUGUUUUCUUCUAUGUAUACUGUACUUUUUUUUUCGAUGAAGCAGAUGGACACAGUUUUCUGACGCGAGGGAGGCGAACGGCCGGUGGGUGGGUGGAACCAAACGCGCGCCGCGCGAGCUGAAUAUUUUGCUCUUGCUUCGGUGCCCGAUCAUGCUUAGACAGCGUGAUGCCAGCGAAUGCAAGUCAGCGCGUCCCGGUUGCGGCCGGAGAGGCGUCGUCGGCUUAUUAAAUAACGGCUGCUCUGUAGUCACACACGGUCACACCCUCGCUUCACACUUCACAGAUCGUCCUCAGGAGGUCAGUCAACCGGCGAGAUGUUCCGAGCCAUGCAGAUCGUCCUCAGGGGUAAGAACUGCGCUGGGCUGACGAUGCCGCGCGUCUUCACCGGUGACCGUGGCUACUCCAAGGCCCCGAGCUCCCAGCGGCUGGCCGGGAAGGUGGCCGUGAUCACCGGUGGAGCCAGCGGCAUCGGCAAAGCCACGGCCGAAGAGUUCGUCAAAAACGGCGCCAAGGUCGUCCUCGCCGACGUUCAGGACGACCUUGGCCGCGCCCUGGCGGCGGAGCUCGGCACCGACUCGGCUUCCUACACCCGCUGCGACGUCACCGACGAGGCGCAGGUCGCCGCGGCCGUGGACCUCGCCGUGUCCCGCCACGGCAAGCUGGACAUCAUGUUCAACAACGCCGGCAUCCUGGGCUCCCUAGCCCGGCCCCCGCUCGCCUCCCUCGACCUCGCCGACUUCGACGCCGUCAUGGCCAUCAACGCCCGGGGCGUCAUGGCCGGGGUCAAGCACGCGGCGCGCGUCAUGGCGCCGCGCCGCACAGGCAGCAUCAUCUGCACCGCCAGCAUCGCGGGCGUGCUGGGCCAGCUCACGCCGCACCCCUACAGCGUCUCCAAGUUCGCGGUGGUGGGCAUCGUGCGCUCCGUGGCCGGGGAGGUGGCGCGCUCGGGUGUGCGCGUCAACGCCAUCUCGCCCAACUACAUCCUCACGCCGCUGGUGGAGCGCAUCCUGGAGGCGUGGUACCCCAAGGAGGGCAAGGAGGAGCACCGCCGGAUCGUGGAGCGCGACAUCAACGAGAUGGAAGGGGUGGUGCUGGAGGUGGAGGACGUCGCCAGGGCGGCGCUCUACCUCGCGUCCGACGACUCCAAGUACGUUAACGGCCACAACCUCGUCGUCGACGGAGGCUUCACCGUGGGGAAGGCACCCAACAUGCCGGCGCCGGCGCAGUGAAGGACACGACCAUGCGGAAGUGCAGCGACGCAUGGGGGCAGCCUGGUCGGGGGCGAGGGCAGGCCAGGGCGUAGAAUUUGGAUUUGGCGUGCUUUCGUAGGUCCAAUGCGUCAAUAUACAGUUAAUAAUAUUCAGAGUUCAUGAAUUUCAGUUCGAAAACUACUGACCAAGAAGAGCCUCGAUCCACGGGGUUUAUCUUGGCCGAGCACAUGUUCCAGCCGGUACAUUAUUUGGAGUAAAAUUGAUCGAACAUGGUAGGAUAGAUUUAUGUUUGCAGAGAUAAUUUGCAACUUUCACAUCUUUCUUCAUACCGGAACCGGAUUCGUCAAUCACGUUAUUACACUCA